AUGUCACAAACAGAAGUAGGUGAAAUGUCCAGAGAUGAUGAAGAAAUGUUGGCGGCUAUUGAACACUGGACAAAACAGCUUAAACAGGUUGAAAGAUUGCUGGUUCCUGUCACUCUUAACAUAAUGUUAACGCUAAUUGUUUGGAUUGGUGUAUAUCAUACCAAAACGGAUUCGAAUUCUGUCUUCUAUUAUAUGCUCGAUCCGGGACAUAAUCAUACAACCGGAAAUGAAAUCGUCGAUGGGAUGGUAAACGGAAUCGGAUGCGUAUUGAUGCUAGCUGUGAUAAGCUUUGCACUGCUUGCUAUGGCACUCUACAACUACAGGUGUUUGGUUCAGAUGUGGCUAUACAUGUCCUGUGUACUCAUCAUCUUCGGGGUGUUCGCUUCAUUCCUGGUAGACUUAUUCAAAGCAAUUGGCUUCCAGACCGCUCCUCCUAUACUCACAACACUUACUGUUAUUACAUAUGGUACCAUCGGUAUCCUCGUAUUCUUCACCAAAAAAACUCCUCUUUACAUGCAUCAAUUCUACGUCAUUUGCAACUGUUCAUUGGUUUCUGUAUUUUACCUUCGAAUGUUCCCUACACAUACUGCGUGGUUUGUAUUGGUAUGCAUUAUUAUUUGGGAUGCAUUCGCAGUGCUUGCACCCAUCGGUCCAUUGCGACGUAUCAGUGAAAAAGCUCACGAAUACAGCGAUCAAGUAUUGCGAUUCUUAAUGUUCACAGCUGAGGAUAGAAAUGAUGAGCGGAGGGAAGAAAUCACAAUCAACAGACGUCUUGUCGAGCCAAAACAACAAAAAGUGAGGAGAAGCCAUAAAACAAGCUCCACAACAAGGCUGGAUUCGGAAGCAGAGAGCGAACAUAUUCGACAGCGUAAGGCGUUAGGUCGCAAAAGUAAUAUAUGUAAUGAAAGGAUCUGGAAAAUUUGCACAAAGUUUGGAACAUCCGACGAACAAAAGAAAGAAACGAAAUUUACAGUCUACGAUGCUCUGAAUGAUGGAUCAUCAGUUCGUCUUGGCAUGGGUGACUUCGUUUUCUAUAGUUUGCUGGUAGGUAAAGCCGCCGCGACACGUAGCACAAUGUGCGUUGCUGGCUCAGUGGUCGGCAUACUGGUCGGACUAGUGAUCACCCUUACAGUACUGUCUAGCGACGAUGAAACCACUCCAGCACUGCCCGUUUCGAUUACCAUCGCUUUACUGCUACAUUUCGGCAUUUAUUUGUUCGUCGAACCAUUCUAUAGUCAAAUUGUGAUGAGCUCAAAAUUAUUUAUUCUGCUCUAA